UGGUUAUUGUUGGGCUAAUACCGGAAGUUACCUACCGCACUUCCUGUCAGGACUGAGCCACCUACGAAUUGCGUUUCGGUUAUUUUUUAAGACGUUUUCUUCCAGAACACAACACGGAAAUACAUUGCUGUACUUCUGUCAGGAAUGCGGUGUCGACACAAUGGAACCUUCCAUAGCGUCCGAACCCAGCAGUCCUGAAGAGCUCAACAAAGCUCGUUUCUUUGAUCUCACCGUCGACCAGUGUGACUUGUCCAUUCUCGUACCGGAGACCCCAAGCUCGCAGCUCCCCAAGCGCAGGAGGAGACGUACACGACAUGAAGAGGAAGCAUUUAGUCCGGUAAUGACGAGGCGCUCAGUGGACCGAGCAAAAUGUUCCGGCGGGCCGUCCAAGCGCAGGAAGCUGUCUGAGGCGAAGUCGGGGCGGAACUUUGGCUUUGUGCCCGCCUCCUCUUUGGGACUAUUUCCUGCGGGCAGCUGGUUUGACGCUUCAUCCAGUUCCUCGUCUUCGUCCUCGUCGCCCUCUUCAUUCCUCACGUUAGAACAGGAUGAAACGGCGACAAUGCAGCCUUCGAGUUGUCGCAACUCGUUGUCUUUCCUGACGGCAGAGGAAAGGAGGUGGCUGAGCGGCGAGCAGGCUGACGACAGAACAACAGAGGCGCCGCCGGAAGUGGUCAUCAGUGAUGAUGAGGACAUGCCAAUCCGCAUGGCGCAGAUGGAAGAAGAUGAAGUGUUUGCCCGAAGCCUGCAGGCACAGUUUGACCAAGAAGAGGCGGAGUCACAUCAUCACUACCAUCAGAUGCAUCACAUGCACGCCGACGCCACCUGGACGCCACAUCUGCUGGCGGCAGCCAUGUCCCCACUAGCCCCCCUGGGACAAGAUGGUGUUCGUCGCCAGCCCAGACGGGGGCGGGGCCAAAGGAGGGACACGCCACUUCUGUCAGACGACCUCGCGGCGAAUGACUACGAGGCCCUGCUGGAAUUUGAAGAGCGCCAAGGCGCCGUCGUGUCCAAGAAGAUGACCCGCUCCGAGAUCGAAAGGUUCCCUGUCAAGUCCUUCCAGAGCGGAGGCGGGAACACACAAUGCCAGAUCUGCUUUUGUGACUACGACCAGGGCGACAAGCUGAGGAUGCUGCCUUGUUUCCACGACUACCAUGUUCCGUGUAUCGACCGAUGGCUCAAGGACAACACCACCUGCCCCAUUUGCAGGGUCAACCUGGCUGACGACGACAUCAUGCACCAAUAAUACUUGACCACCUUUUGUUGCUAGUUAGUGACUUGUCUCUUUUGUUUUAAUAAAAUAAGAAUAAAAAAAAUCUACUAUUUCCAUCA